UGGGAGUCGCAUCCUACCUGGUUGGGAGGUGCUUUGCUUUGCUACACUCCUUUUUCUCUCGUACUCACCGGGCUGCAGCUUAGGUGGGAGACAGACUUGCUUAGAGAACUGAGCAGAAAAACAAUCCCGAUGGGCUUUUGGAAAGCUUUUCUCUCCUCCCAUUUUCUUCUGUGGAGUCAAAGUAGAGGGGUGAGGCUGAUGUUCUUGCUACUGGCCCUGCAUUUGGGCAACUGUGUUGAUAAAGCAGAUGAUGAAGAUGAUGAGGAUUUAACAGUGAACAAAACUUGGGUGUUGGCGCCAAAGAUUCAUGAAGGAGAUAUCACACAAAUUCUUAAUUCACUGCUUCAAGGCUAUGACAAUAAACUUCGCCCAGAUAUAGGAGUGAGACCUACAGUCAUUGAAACUGAUGUUUAUGUAAACAGCAUUGGACCAGUUGACCCCAUUAAUAUGGAAUAUACAAUAGACAUAAUUUUUGCUCAAACCUGGUUUGAUAGUCGUUUAAAAUUCAAUAGUACCAUGAAAGUGCUGAUGCUUAAUAGUAAUAUGGUUGGAAAAAUUUGGAUUCCUGACACUUUCUUCAGAAACUCAAGAAAAUCUGAUGCUCAUUGGAUAACAACGCCUAAUCGCCUGCUUCGAAUCUGGAAUGAUGGACGAGUUCUAUAUACUCUAAGAUUGACAAUUAAUGCAGAAUGUUACCUUCAACUUCAUAACUUUCCUAUGGAUGAACAUUCCUGUCCAUUGGAAUUUUCAAGCUAUGGAUACCCUAAAAAUGAAAUUCAGUAUAAGUGGAAAAAGCCUUCUGUAGAAGUGGCUGAUCCUAAAUACUGGAGAUUAUAUCAGUUUGCGUUUGUAGGUUUACGGAACUCAACUGAGAUCUCUCACACAAUCUCUGGGGAUUACAUUAUCAUGACAAUUUUUUUUGACCUGAGCAGAAGAAUGGGAUAUUUCACUAUUCAGACCUACAUUCCAUGCAUUCUGACGGUUGUCCUUUCUUGGGUAUCUUUUUGGAUCAAUAAAGAUGCAGUACCUGCAAGAACAUCACUUGGUAUUACCACUGUUCUCACCAUGACGACUCUGAGUACAAUUGCCAGGAAGUCCUUACCUAAGGUUUCUUACGUGACUGCAAUGGAUCUGUUUGUUUCUGUUUGUUUCAUUUUUGUAUUUGCAGCCUUGAUGGAAUAUGGUGCAUUGCAUUAUUUUACCAGCAACAAAAAAGAAAAUGCUCCUAGAGAAAAAAAGCUAAAAAACAAGGCCUCGGUAUCCCCUGGAGUCCAACCUGGAUCUACUCUGAUUCCAAUGAACAGCAUUUCUAUGCCGCAGGGAGAAGAUGAUUAUGGAUAUCAGUGUUUGGAGGGCAAAGAUUGUGCCAGUUUCUUCUGUUGCUUUGAGGACUGCAGAACAGGAUCUUGGAGGGAAGGAAGGAUACACAUACGCAUUGCCAAAAUUGAUUCCUAUUCUCGAAUAUUUUUCCCAACAGCUUUUGCUCUGUUCAAUCUGGUUUAUUGGGUUGGUUAUCUUUACUUAUAAAUUCUAUUUACUAGCCAAAAAUCAUAAGAAGCCUGACUAAAUCCAAAAUAAUCUUCUGUACUUAAGUACAUGAAGUUUAAAUUUAAAAUGUAAAAGAACAAAUGGAUAAAAUGUGAAUAGUAUUUUAAUUAUUUUAAGAGUUUCAUAGGUAAACAGCUUUUAGAUUAAUUUACCUAAAUUUAUGUAAAACAGACUAGUUGCAAAAUUCAGU